CAGUUCAAGUUCACACUGAAGAGCAACAGAAGAGUAAUUCACCAGAAAGCCUUGACACAGAUGGUCUUCUCAUUUCUGAAUCAUCCCCAAAUAAAAUGAACACUGAAUUGGAAACUCAGAUUUCUCAUGAAGUCAAGAGUGAAAAAAUGGAAAUGUCUUCUAAAGCGAUGCAUGUUUGUCAUGAAGAUCAAGAUGAAGACAAAAUGGAAGUGACAGAAAACAUUGAGGUCCCUGCACACCAGCUCAUUGUGCAGCAGGAGGAGCUGCAGUUGUUAGAGGAUCCUAAAGCAGUGGUAUCCAAAGAAGAAUCAAGGCCUCCAAAAUUAACCACAGACUCUGUCACUGUUCCACCAGAAACCUUAGUGUCCCCGCGUGAGGAAAGAACUCUGUUACAUUCUAAUGAACAGUUGGUUAUGGAAAGGGUACAAGAAGAAAUGGAACAGAAAGAAAAUUCUGAAUUUUCCACUGGGUUUAUGAACUUUGAAAUGACUCCUGCAACUGAGAGUUGUAUGAAAGAUGACUCAGGCCAAGGAGACAAAUCUAUAAAAUCAUCAUCUGAGACAGACUCAUUGUUUUCAUCGUCAGCAGACACGAGCAAGGCAUAUGUGUCUUCCUCUCCCACCCGCUCUUCAGACUUGCCUUCACAUGACAUGCUGCACAGCUGCCCUUCAGCUCUUGGUUCUUCUGCUGGAAGCAUCAUGCCAACCACGUACAUCUCAGUCACUCCCAAAAUUGGCAUGGGUAAACCAGCUAUUACGAAAAGAAAAUUUUCUCCUGGUAGACCUCGGUCCAAACAGGGGGCUUGGAGUACCCAUAAUACAGUGAGCCCACCUUCCUGGUCCCCAGACAUUUCAGAAGGUCGGGAAAUUUUUAAACCCAGGCAGCUUCCUGGCAGUGCCAUUUGGAGCAUCAAAGUGGGCCGUGGGUCUGGAUUUCCGGGGAAGCGGAGACCUCGUGGUGCAGGACUCUCAGGACGUGGAGGCAGAGGAAGGUCAAAACUCAAAAGUGGAAUUGGAGCUGUUGUGUUGCCUGGG